ACGAAGCCUAAUUAACGGUAAGUAAUGAGAGAAGACGUCCCCCUCACGCGAUGUCAUCCACGUCUCAAUUCGAGAAAAAUCAGCCAACUCUUACAAGACAAAUUUGACUGAAUUCAUUGUCAUUUCAGACCACACGACGCCGUAGACCUUUGACGGCACCGCUUUCGACACCCCCUCUCUCUUUCUCCGACACCAAUAACAGAAUAAUAUUCCCAACACUCUCGCUUCCUUCCUUUGUACAAUUCAAACAAGUGUCCUGUGUCCCUUCCAGAUCUGCGUGAAUCCCUCAGAUCUGAUCCUACAAUUAAUCUCUAAAUCCUCUCUUUCCAUGGAGUCCGAGCAGCAACGGCGCAAGCGAAAGCGCUUCUACAGGUCCUAUGCUUACACCAAGUUAUUGUCUCAGAGGUCUCUGCUAAUCUCUUCUUUCUUCUUUGUGUUUCUACUCUUCAUAUCUUCCGAUCGGUUUACAAUUCGUACGACGUCGUUUCAUCCUGUGCUCCAAGCGUCGUCCACCCUGUCGCGCUUGUCGAGCCGCCUAGUUCUAGAUUCUUCUACUAAUAGACAGCUGCCUCUCAGAGUGGCGGACCGGGUCGUGUUCCCGGACCAUUUGUUGUUAAUAGUUUCUGAAAAAAUCUUCGAUCGGAGAUUGGUUCUGGAGUGUGUGUACUACUCCAACGAUUCGGUAAAUCAACAGGUUAUAGCGCAACGCGCCUUCUCUUUCAAUGAAUAUCAGGAGCAUAAGUCAAUCGUGAGGUGUCCUCUGACACCGGCGAAUUACUCGGCUACGGUGACUUUGAGUAGGACUGGUGACGUUGCUGAUGGUGAUUGGUCAAGGCAGAUGAUGAACCCGGCGGUUCUUUAUUGGGAUGAAUUGGCGUAUGAGGCGGCUUUGGAUGGAAAUUCAGUACUCGUCUUUGUCAAAGGAUUAAACCUUCGACCGCACAGAGAAUCUGAUCCAUCGCAGCUUCGCUGCAAAUUUGGUUUUCAGAGUUGGGAGAAAAACCAAGGACUUGUUUCAACUACCAAGGCGAUUAAGGCUGCCCAGGAGGUGGUGCGGUGUUUGUUGCCUCGCAGUCUCCGCAACAAUCCAGAUAAAGCUCAGGAAGUUCGGGUCACAGUAAUUCACGCCAACGCUGUUGUUCCUGUGCCUUCCGUAGCCAGAAUUCAUGAUUUGAAGCCCGCAAAGAGAAUUCAGAGGAAAAAGUAUGAGCUGUGUGCGUGUACCAUGCUUUGGAACCAAGCCUUUACGCUGAGGGAAUGGAUCAUGUACCAUGCCUGGCUUGGGGUUGACAGAUGGUUUAUCUACGAUAACAAUAGCGAUGAUGGGAUUGAAGAGGUGAUGGACGAGCUUGCAUUGAAGAAUUAUAACGUUAGUAGGCAUGUAUGGCCAUGGAUUAAAUCCCAAGAAGCAGGUUUUUCGCACUGUGCUUUGAGAGCAAGAAGUGAAUGCAAGUGGGUUGGAUUCUUUGAUGUUGAUGAGUUUUUCUUCUUCCCUCCACGAGGUGGGCGGCAAGUGGUUUCGGGUCAAAAUGGUUUAAGAUCAUUGAUUGCGAAUUUCUCUUCAUCGUCAAAGAGAAUUGCUGAGAUAAGAACAGAUUGCCAUAGCUUUGGACCAUCUGGGUUGAGCUCACACCCAUUGCAAGGCGUCACUAUAGGGUACACUUGCCGGCUACAAAGCUCGGAGCGACACAAAUCUAUUGUUCGUCCAGAAGCACUUGAUCUUACCCUUCUUAACAAAGUUCACCACUUUAAGCUUAGGGAGGGUUUCAGGUACUUAAAUGUACCUGAAACCACUGCCGUCAUAAACCACUACAAAUACCAGGCAUGGGAGACCUUUAAAGCUAAGUUUUACAGAAGGGUUUCUAGUUAUGUUGUUGACUGGCAAGAAGAUCAAAAUAAAGGGUCAAAAGAUAGAGCACCUGGGUUGGGAACUGAGGCUGUUGAACCUCCAGAUUGGCGCAGAAGGUUCUGUGAAGUGUGGGACACUGGCCUUCGAGACUUUGUUCUGGCCAACUUUGCUGAUACGGCAUCUGGGUUCCUGCCCUGGGAGAGGUCUUUAACGUAACAAGUCCUUAAUUGGUACCCAAUGUAAAAAGAAUGACAACACUUGUGACAUUCAUUCUUUUCGAAAAAAAUUUCUUUUCUUUACAAGUUUCUUACACGGCUGUAAAUUGGUGACCAGAAAUGAGAGAUAUUUACGGUAAAUUUUAAAUCCCUUGCUGCUCUAGUGAACAAAAAAUAUUGAUUCAUUGCUGCUUAUAUUACGUAAAAA